AUGUCUGCAGUACAGCAGCAAGUCGACCAGGGCACCAACUGGAUGGUCAUAGCAUCCGUCGCAUACUAUAGCACACAGUCGGUCGCCCAGACGGUUGGUAUUUUCAUGUUCGUCAACUUUGCCAUCAAGCAAGUCACCGGAGGCGUUCAACAACAGAAGCAAGCUGAGAGUGCCCCCGCUCCCACCGUCGCCGCUGGUACGGGCCAACAGGUGCUUGGAUCCUCGUACAGCGCCAUCCCCGAGAUGAUCAUGCCUCUGUGGCAGCAAAACGCCUCCAUGGACAUCAACAUGUAUGUCUCGCCUUCGUUCGCCAUGCCCGCCCUCAGCCAGAUGCCCCAGGAAUCCCUGGUUCUCCAAGAGCGCAACUUCCACUACGGAGACUGGUCCGACAAGCGCCAGGUCCAUACCACAAUCGCCAUUCCUCAGUCCGUCCAAGAGAAUGGAACACUCUGGGCACACAUCUAUAUUUCUCAGUCAGGAAGCGUCAUGGAUCCUACUCUACCUGGCUACGAUUCCUUCAAGGCUUACCGCGUCACCCGACCCCUGACAAACUACCUGGCCAAGAAGAAGGUCCACAAGACUCGCAACCUGCUUGACUCUUCUGACGCCGAAGAGCAAGCCGAGGACGAGGCCUCAGGUCCUGUCAUCUCCAACUACUACCACCCCAAUUUCACUCUGUCCAUCAUCCCCAACAUUGGAACUCCUGUUUACCCUCAGAUGCACCCAGCAAUGCGCCAAUUCGUCUCUCUGGAAGCAACCGGUGCCCGCGAUGAUUCUGGCAAGAACGCCUGGUACUACCCUGUUCUCUAUCUCAACACCUUCUGGCAGCUUCGUUCUCAGAUGACUGAGCUCAACUCGACUGUGACUGAGAUGCCUCUCAACCUCGAUUUGCAAACCGACCCCAACUGGAAAUUCAGCAUCAUGGCAAGCAUGGACGAGGGUAUGAAGGAGAAUGCCAGAAAGAUUGCUCGUGGAGAGACUACCCCUGGAGGCGGUGACGGCAGCGAGCUCGAGAUGAUCAAGGAGGUUCUUCUUGACACGAACAUGUACCUCCUCGGUCUCACAGGGUUCGUCAGUAUUUUGCACAUGAUCUUCGAGAUGCUGGCUUUCAAAAACGACGUCUCGCAUUUCCGCAAGAAGAAGGACAACGUCGGAACCUCAGUCCGCACCAUCCUCGCCAACGUCUUCAUGCAGAGUGUAAUAUUCCUCUAUUUACUUGACAACAACGAAAACACCUCAUGGAUGAUCCUCUUCGGUCAAGGCAUGGGCAUUGCCAUCGAAGCAUGGAAGGUUACCAAGACAGUGGACGUACGUGUUCGCGCGGCCCCUGAAGGCUCCCUGAUUCCCUACCGCGUCGUCUUUGAGGACAAGCACAAGCUUUCAGACACCGAGAAGAAGACCCAGGAGUACGACGAGAUCGCUUUCCGCUACCUAUACAUGGUUGCAGUUCCGCUUCUGCUCGCAUAUGCCGGAUACUCGCUCGUUUACGAGACACACAAGAGCUGGUACAGCUUCAUCAUUGCCACUCUGGUCGGCUCUGUCUACGCAUACGGCUUCCUCAUGAUGGUCCCGAGCUUGUACAUCAACUACCGUCUGAAGAGUGUCGCACACAUGCCCGCAAAGGCAAUGACUUACAAGUUCCUCAACACGUUCAUCGACGACUUGUUCGCAUUUACUAUCAAGAUGCCUACACUGCAUCGUUUGGCAACUCUGCGCGACGAUGUCAUCUUCUUCGUAUACCUCUACCAGGCUUGGGCAUACAAGGUUGACCACACCCGUGUCAACGAGUUCGGCCAGGGAGGUGACGAUGAGGAAGUCGAGGAGAAGAAGGCUGCUCAGCCUUUAAAAUCUGCACCUGAAGAAGAUGUGACACCGGUCAAGACUGAGGCUUCGAGCUCUGGCGCUCAGAGCAAGGCUGGUGCCUCGAGAAAGAGAAAGUAA